CUGGCGCAAGACGACGGCGACGACGCCUAUCUGGAUUCCCUGCCGCAGGAAGAUGCUCAGUACAUGCAGGACGAAGAUGGUGAUGAUAACGCGCUCGUGCAACAGGAAGACGAAGAGCCGGCCGUUUCGUCCGAGCUGAAAGAUGCAGACGCUGCUUCUGUACACAUGGCCGGCUGCGGACGUCGACGUCGGUACUGUUAUUGGCGCAGGGUACGAAAGCCUUACUACGCAUAUCGCUGGGUAAAGGUUCGACGUCGUUGCGUCAAAUAUCGCAUAGUACGAAUACCGUACUACGCAAAGGGCUUGGUAAAGGUUCGACGUCGUUACGUCAAAUAUCGCACAGUACGAAAACCGUACUACGCAUAUCGCACGGUAAAGGUUCGACGUCGUUACGUCAAAUAUCGCACAGUACGAAAACCGUACUACGCAUAUCGCACGGUAAAGGUUCGACGUCGUUACGUCAAAUAUCGUACAGUAAGAAAACCGUACUACGUAUAUCGCUUUGUGAAUGUACGACGUAAGUGCCGUAGAUAUCGCUGGGUGCGACGUCGCAUCUGUCGUCCAAGAACAUCAUCGUGAAUGCGCACCAACAGGCGCUAUUGGAACAAAUGGACCACACUAGAUAACAGUUGUAGUUGAACAUUUUUUAGAAUCUUGAAGUGUGGAUUUGUAUGUAGCUAGUUAAACAUUUUUUAGAAUCUUGAAGUGUGGAUUUGUAUGUAGCUAGUUGAACAUGUUUUAGAAUCUUGAAGUGUGGAUUUGUAUGUAGCUAGCUAUCUAUAGAUGUGUUUGAAUAACUUUGAUGAUGGUGAAAAUUGUAUGGACAUGUAAGAGCGAGC